UAAGAGAGAGUUCAUCGUAAUAAGGACCUGAGGAUUGGGAAAUUUUGAUGGGGAACACAUGUCCAGGACCAAAUAAUCUUGGAUCGAAUGGAUUCUUGCAAUCUGUUACACAGGCGGUUUGGCGGCAAAGGCCACCUGAUCAGGACCGGUUACCUGCACCUAAAGAAGAUAAAAGCAACCAAAAAAGUCAAGAAAAUGCAGGUUGUGAUGAAUCCAAAUCCAAAGCCACUGGUGGUUCUGUUGCAAUUCAGAACACACCCCCUGAACCAGUCAAGAUCAUGAAUGAGGAAUCUAAGAAUGUUGAACCAGAGAAACCAGGUAAACAGGAUGUCAAGGUGGAGGGCAAUAAUGCUUCGGGUGACUCGAAACCCAAUAAGCCACAUCAUAUGAAGAGGGUGGCAAGUGCGGGGCUGCAACUUGAGUCAGUGCUAGGAAGGAAAACGGGGAAUUUGAAAGAGAUAUAUAGCUUGGGGCGGAAGCUAGGGCAAGGACAAUUUGGAACAACAUUUUUGUGCGUGGAGAAGGGCACUGGAAAAGAGUUUGCCUGCAAAUCCAUUGCCAAGAGGAAGUUGACCACAAAAGAGGAUAUGGAGGAUGUUAGGAGGGAGAUUCACAUAAUGCACCAUUUAGCAGGGCUCCCCAAUGUGAUACAAAUCAUAGGUGCUUAUGAGGAUGCCGUUGCUGUUCAUGUUGUUAUGGAACUUUGUGCAGGUGGGGAGCUUUUUGAUAGAAUUAUUCAGAGAGGGCAUUAUACUGAGAGAAAGGCAGCUGGGCUUGCAAGGCUAAUAGUUGGCGUUGUGGAACAAUGCCAUUCUCUGGGUGUUACGCAUCGUGACCUAAAGCCUGAAAAUUUCCUAUUCAUUAACCAUGAAGAGGAGUCUCCUCUUAAAACAAUUGACUUUGGACUCUCAAUGUUCUUCAAGCCAGGUGAAACAUUCAGGGACGUGGUUGGAAGUCCCUAUUAUGUGGCUCCAGAAGUGUUGCAGAAGCACUAUGGUCCAGAAUGUGAUGUCUGGAGUGCUGGAGUGAUCAUUUAUAUUUUACUUAGUGGGGUUCCCCCAUUCUGGGCUGAAUCGGAACAAGGGAUAUUUGAGCAGGUUUCGAAAGGUGAACUUGACUUUACAUCAGAGCCAUGGCCUAGUAUAUCUGAUGGUGCAAAGGAUUUGGUUCGAAAAAUGCUUGUAAGAGACCGUAAAAAACGGUUGACAGCCCAUGAAGUUCUUUGUCACCCUUGGGUUCAGGUGGAUGGUCUUGCUCCAGAUAAGCCUCUUGAUUCUGCUGUCCUAACUCGUUUGAAGCAAUUUUCUGCAAUGAACAAGCUGAAAAAAAUUGCCAUCAGAGUCAUUGCUGAUAGCCUAUCAGAAGAGGAAAUUGCAGGCCUUAAAGAAAUGUUUAAGAUGAUAGAUGAAGAUAAUAGUGGGCAGAUCACUCUAGAGGAACUGAAAAUUGGUUUGGAAAAAGUUGGUUCUAAUCUCAAGGAUUCUGAGAUUUAUGGGUUAAUGCAAGCGGCAGAUAUUGAUAACAGUGGUACUAUAGACUAUAGUGAGUUCAUUGCUGCCAUGCUUCAUCUAAACAAGGUCCAGAAAGAGGAUCAUCUGUUUGCGGCUUUCUCCUACUUUGACAAAGAUGGAAGUGGGUACAUCACUCCAGAUGAGCUCCAACAGGCCUGUGAGCAGUUUGGCUUGCAAGAUGUUCACUUAGAAGAUAUAAUGCGUGAAGUUGACCAGGAUAAUGUAAAGAACACGCAAGCUGUCUUUAACUUUUAUUUCCCUUUAAAAAUUAUCUUGGUUAAAGAUGCUGUUAAUUUGACUUGCUUAUAUCAACUAUCAUAUUGUGUUCUCUUCAGGAUGGGCGCAUUGAUUAUAGCGAGUUUGUGGCUAUGAUGGAAGACACAGGUUUAACCAUACGGCACAAAACGUUUAAGUGAUACUUCAUCUUGGUAUGCUGAGACUGCAUGAUCCAUUGUUAAACUGUACGUUCUAACUGUUAUUUUCUCUUUUAUAAUUGAAAUUGAAACUGGAAACCAAAUUGUUGCAUAGAUUGUCCAGGCUUCGGAGAGACAGAGAGAGAGAAUUCUUUCUUGUUUAGUUUGUUUUCUUGUUGUAUUUUCGUUCAGAGAAUUGGCAUAUUGUUUAUAAAGAAGAAAAGAAAAUGAUUGUCCAACUGUUGUGAUUUUACUUUAUUCUUCUUUGA